AUGAAGAUCCAUUAUAUUAAUAUAUUAUUAUUUGCUCUUCCAUUAAAUAUAUUGGUGCGUAAUCAAAGGAACCAUAGGAAAUCUAUACUUAGUACAACCAAAUCUGAAUUAACAAAAACACAUAGAACAUUAUGCGAAUGCGAAUUAUACGCACCAUCUAAAUAUGAAAAUGAUCCGGAAAUGAAAGAAGUGAUGGAAAAUUUCGAUCGUCAAACGUCUGAACGAUUUCGCAAAUAUGACGAAAGGAUUCAGGAUAAACGAAAACAAUUUAAAGAACAAUGUGAAAAGGAUAUACAAAAAAUUAUUUUAAAAGAUAAAAUCGAAAAACAAUUGUCACAACAAUUUUCCAAAUUGCAAACAAACAUAGAAACCAAUGACAUACCCACCUGUAUUUGCGAAAAAUCAGUAGCUGAAAAAGUUGAAAAAACUUGUUUAAAAUGUGGAGAGAUAUUAGGUACGGUGGUACCUGAAUUGGGGUUGAUAGGUGGAACUGUUAUAUAUGCUUCAGCACAAUCAGCUGCCGUUAAAGUAGGUGUUUCUAAAGCAAUAGAACUAAUGAAAGAUAUAUAUUUUCUAGGUCAAGUACCUUUUUUUGAUUUGGUUGCGAAGAUUACUCCAUCAAAUUUCAAUGAUAAAAUGUCUCUUAUAGGUAUUGUUCAUGACGCCUCUUAUACGGUAUGUGAAACUACAAAUGCUCAAGAUACGCUUGUUUUUUGUUUAUCGAAAUAUUCAAUAGGAAGAAGAAAUCCAUCUAUGUUUCUUUCAGUAACAGCCAAUCAAGCAAAAGAUGCUGCAGAAGCUGCUGGUGAAGCAGCAACUGGAACAUUUUCAGAGAUGACAAGUGUUGGUGCUAUCUUUUCUGAUGCUCUUGUAAUUUCUGCUAUUGUAGUAGUGAUUAUAGCUGUUAUAAUUUUAAUAAUUUAUUUAAUUUUACGUUAUAGACGAAAAAAAAAAAUGAAGAAAAAACUCCAAUAUAUCAAAUUAUUAGAAGAAUAG